AUGUAUAUGUGGGUUUUCAAGGAAAGGCCCGAGAAUGCUUUGGGAAAGAUGCAGCUCCGGAGUUAUAUGAAUGGGCAUUCUCGUCAGAGAGAGCGUUCCUUUUCGUCUAGUGUUGAUAACGGUUUUGUUCGAUCUCAUCGGAUGCAACGUAAGCAUUACAAGGGACUCUCGAACCCUCAGUGUGUUCAUGAUAUCAAAGUAAUUCCAUCACCCAAUCUCAAUGGUCAUCUUCAUGAUUCUCAUCCCACGUUCAAAGUUACCUUGGAAUCUUUUUUGCUGUCGGAUGUCUUGUCCAAGUUUCUCUCGAUCAAAGAUAUACAUAGUAGAAGGUGA